AAAUUGUUAUUGGUAUUAAUAAAUGUUAUACAUAAAUAUAAGGAAUAUAUCACAAUUAUAGAAAUGUAUAAAUUUUUCUGAAACAUCGCAAUUUGCCAGGAUCUUUUAACUUAGAACACAGCACUGUAGUUAAAUUUAGAUCAAAUGACACUGGACACUGUUUUAAGUUUAAAGUUAGCUCAGACAUAGCCCAGUUAGGGCUCUUAGGUGAAACGCGGAAUCUAUUCGGAUGAUUUGGCUAAGAUUUUGAUUAUAAAAUUUGGAUAAAAGAAUGCCAUCAUCGAGUGGAAAUAAAGAUCCCGACGACAGCCAAACAUGGGAGUUAGCAGAGAGAUGUCUGCUACCCAUAGCAUUCUCACAUGCGAUUGCAGUCAUCCUGGCAACGAUAUUGAACAUUUUUGGGAUUUCACAAACAUCUAGCUUUAUGCUCUUCCUAUUACUAUUGGUCAUAUCUGUAGGAUCUACGUUAUUCUAUCACAAUCUGAAGGUUACUGCAGCAGGAAAAGCAGUGCUAAUCACAGGUUGCGAUUCCCGAGUUGGAUAUGCUCUGGCUAAACAACUGGAUGAUCUGGGUUUUACCGUAUUUGCUGGGUUCACCAAUAAAGCUGAGAACGAAGAGAUUAUGCAGAAAUUGAAAGACGACGCAUCCGGAAGAUUGCACGUGCUACAGUUAGAUGUUACAAGCGAACGUGACAUACACUCGUGCUUUCUAUAUGUGAACGAAAAUCUACCCGAUGGAGCUCCGGGACUAUGGGCACUCGUGCAUGCCGCCGCUUGGGUGACGCUCGGAGAAUGCGAGUGGGUGCCCCCAUCUGUCCUUAAACGAAGUAUAGACAUCAACUUUGUCGGCCUGGCGCGUUUGACUCAGGUUUUUCUACCUUUGGUCAGGAGGUCAAAGGGUCGAAUUGUUCUUGUGAGCAGCCUUCUGGCACGGAUACCGAGUCCCGUUCGAGGCAUUUACUGCGCGCUUAAGGCUGCUGUAGAAGCCUGGGGAUCUUGCCUGAGACUAGAGAUGCGAAGAUGGGGAGUAGACGUCGUGAUCGUUGAAACCGGCGAAUAUGUGUCCGGUAACGCGUGGCUGAAAAAUAAUGCCGCCUUGUUGGAACAAGCAAGAGACAUGUGGACUCAAUUGGAUCCACAGACUCGCAAGGAAUAUGGUCAACAACUGUUUCAGGCGGAAAUGUUGGCCCUGGAAAAAUAUACACAGGGACCAGAAGCAGAUCUGACUGCUGUUACAAGAACUUUGACGGACUCUGUAGUAAAAACUUUUCCAAUGCGACGAUAUACACCUGUAUCGCGCAGUGAAAGAAUGCAAGCAUUAUGCAACCAUUACCUGCCAAAACCAAUCUAUGACAUAUUAUAUACAAAUUAAAUUCCUCAUGAGUAAACCAUACAAAUACGUCAUCACAAUAUUCAUCACAACACAAAUUUGAAAAACAGUACAGAGUUUUUGAACAUAUUAAUGACAUUAUAUUAAAUUAGAAAUCUUACAUUAAGCAGAAAAGAGAACUUUUUUUUUUAGCAAAUUAAAUAAGGAUCAAAAACACUGUACCUAUGUAACAGUGAAGAAACAUAUAUCUCACUGUACAAAUUUAAUAAAAUUAUUCUAUCAAGAAUGAUAUAUUUUAUAAAACUUCAAAUUUUUGUAGAAUUUUAACAAUAUUGCUGUAUGAUCUGGAUGCAUACACAAUUUGCUUAUCUGAUAACCUCUUAAUAUUUCUGAGAGACAUGUUACCAAUAUUGCCGAUCUUUGUUAUUGCAUUUAGAAAAAAUAGAAUCCAGUUUAUAAAGAAAGUGCCAAACAUCUUAUGACAUAGCACUUUGAAUAACCAUAGCUUCUCAAUAUUAUUGACUUUUCC